UGUAAAAAUGAAAGGAAACACCAAUCUUUUUCACGAUAUAUAAGGAAUUUACUUUACAUUUUUAAACCAAGUCUGUACUUAGAGAAGUUAGGACAGAACAGGUUCCUCUGUUCCCAUAUAUUCACCGCAUAAACGUUUUACAAUUACAGUAACACUCCCUCUCAAAUUUAGGGUAUACAUAUAUACAACGCUGUCUCUCUCCCUCCAAGAUUUCACCAUCUAUUCUCUCUAUCUAUCUAUCUAUCGCAAUCUGUAUUUUCAAAAUCCUGUUUUCUUGCUUAAUUUCAAAAAGGUUUCUGUUGAUUCUUCUGGAAAAUGGCUUUGGGAAAGAGAAGCAGAGCACUGAAAUCGAAGCGCGGCACAGUGAGUGCUGCUGAUGAGGUGUUAGGGUACGGAUUCGUGAAGUACACGCGAGGAUUCGGGAGGAAGAGAGUAGUAAUUUCGAAUGAUUUUGAAGCACAAUUUCUCCAUUCAUCUCCCAGAACUUCAUCGAAGAGGCAAUGCAGUCAGAGAAUGAGUCUACACUUCGAAAAAUCUGCUCUUGAAACCUUACCUCAAGAUAUCCUGAUUAGGGUUCUAUGUGGUCUGGAACAUGGAGAUUUGAAGCAGCUUUUUCAUGUAUCGAAAGCAAUCAGAGAAGCUACUUUGAUUGCAAGGCAAUUGCAUUUCGAAUAUAGUACACCCAGGAAGAUUCGUGCCUUCAGAAAUUCAAUUGAUUUGGAGGAGGAGGAGAAGGUGAGUGAAUUAGAGGACCUUGAAGCUCCAAAUGCUCCGAACCAAUCCCGGCGUUGUAGAUCACAAAUUAGCGACAAGAGUUUGGCUGACAUCUCAGUGGCCUUGUUUGCUUCUCCAAGGAUGGAAUUAUUUAUGUAAAUAUAUUGCAUUUGUUGUGUGUAUAAUGUAUUGGAUAGGGUAGGCAGAUGAGUGAGAUCUACUUACACGAAGAAUCUUUACAGGACAAGUUUCGAUCUUCGAAACUUGCAGUGAAGAUGUGUCUAGCUUGUUUUUGUAUCUGUAUUGUACAGUUUGUUGAAUCUUUUCUUGAGUUAAACCGCAUAGACUUAGGAGAUCCUAAGUUCGAUAUAUCGUUGUGCGCCUCAUG